UUGAACUCCGGUCCUCAGAACUGUGAUGCAGACGCGCUAAGCAGUCGGUUAUUUAUUGACUUAUUUCUAGAACUUUUUCCACCUGUGACAGGUAGAGUAGAUGUCAGUUUGUCAGAGCCAGCAUUUCUCCACACCGACCUCCACCACACGGUGGCCCCGUCCUUCCUCCAGGCUGCACGGUGGCGUGGCUCGUCCUCCCGCCCACCCUCCGCCAGCUCCCCUCCCUCCUAUUUCCAGUCUCCAACCUCGCUGCACAGCGCGCGCACACACGCACACGCGCACACACCGCCGCUGCUCCGGCUCUGUGCUGCCUGCUGCGAAGAUGGUCGGCGGCGUGUGUGCUCGCAGGCUGGCCCGCCGGUCUCGGUCCGCCCUCGUCGUAGCCCUCACGGUGCUGCUGGUGCAGACGCUGAUCGUGUGGAACUUCAGCAGCCUCGACUCCGGCGAAGACAGCCGGGGAGACGCAGGCUCCAACGUGCGGGAGAAGAGGGACCGUGUAGCGGGCAACAAAGCCGCCGGCAGCGACUAUUUCCAGCAUGGAGUGCAGCGGCAGCGGCGGCAGCAUCUCCCGCCGCCGGGAAGAGGAACAUCUCGUCACAUACAGCAGCCGGAUGGAUACUACUCCCAUCGGCCAAAGGAGAAAAGCAGAGUGGACAGCAACAAUGAGAACUCUGUACCAAAAGACUUUGAUAACAUAGACAAUAGUAACUUUGGUGCACGCUCGCAGCCGCAUCGGCAGACCGUCGGGGCCACCAGCAGGGGGCAGCAGCGAGAGCAUCUGCAGGAGAAGGCUCGUGGCCAACAGCACAUCUGGCGUGACAACUCUCCCAACCUGGUUCGCAGCUCCAAUGAAGUGCUACCUUUAAGCCACCAGCCACUGGCAGUCGCCAACAACUCACGCCCUGGUGGUCAAGUUGUGGGCACAGGAGGGCCACGGCAUCGUGCCUCACAGGCCCAGCACAGGCAUCAGCACCCACACAGAAAGCAGGCGACUACAGCGCCCCUGGAGGUGACCUACGAUCAACCACCCAAGUGUGAAAUCAGUGGGAAGGAAGCCAUCUCAGCUCUAUCCAGGGCCAAGAGCAAGGACUGCAGGCAGCAGAUCGCAGAAGUCUACUGCAGACACAAGGAGGGCCAGUUAAUGCCUGAAAAGGUCACUCGCUCCUGCCCCUUAGAGGGGAAAGCCAAUGCAGUCAUCCAGUGGGAUGAGGACUCUGCAGAGCGCUUCCCAUCAAAUCCUGUGCGAAUAGCAUUUGUCCUGGUGGUGCAUGGACGCGCCUCCCGUCAGUUUCAGCGUCUCCUCAAAACCAUCUACCACACGUCCCACUACUACUACAUACACGUGGAUCAGCGCUCCAACUACCUCCAUCGGCAGGUAAAAGCCUUGGCUGCUCAAUAUCCCAACGUGAGGGUGACACCAUGGCGCAUGGCCACCAUCUGGGGGGGUGCUAGUCUCCUGACCAUGUACCUUCGAAGUAUGGCCGACCUGUUGUCUAUGAGGGACUGGAGCUGGGAUUUCUUCAUCAACCUCAGUGCUGCUGACUACCCCAUCAGGACAAACAACCAGCUGGUGGCCUUCUUGUCCAAAUACAGAGACAUGAACUUCAUCAAGUCCCAUGGCAGGGACAAUGCCAGGUUUAUCCGUAAACAAGGUCUGGAUCGUCUCUUCUAUGAGUGCGACACCCACAUGUGGAGGCUUGGUGACCGUAAAAUCCCAGAGGGCAUCUCUGUGGAUGGAGGAUCCGACUGGUUCCUUCUGAACCGCAUGUUUGUGGAAUAUGUCAUCAACUCCAAGGACAAUCUGGUCACCAACAUGAAGCGCUUCUACGCCUACACUCUGCUGCCUGCCGAGUCAUUCUUCCACACUGUGUUGGAGAACAGUGCCUACUGUGAGAGUAUGGUGGAUAACAACCUGCGCAUCACCAACUGGAAUCGUAAAUUGGGCUGUAAAUGCCAGUACAAGCACAUCGUUGACUGGUGCGGAUGUUCCCCUAAUGACUUCAAGCCUGUAGACUUCCACCGCUUCCAGCAAACGGUGCGUCCCACCUUCUUUGCCAGGAAGUUUGAAGCCAGUGUGAACCAGGAGAUAGUGAACCAUCUGGACGCUUACCUGUUUGGACCCUUUCCACUGGGGACCCCAGGCCUAAACUCGUACUGGGAGAAUGUGUACGACGAGCCAGAUGGUGUGGCCAGUCUGUCGGACACACAGCUCACCUACUAUCAUUCCUUCUCAAGACUGGGCUUGGCCCGCGCUGCCGCCUCGCUGCAAGGCAACCCAAUGGAUCACAGCUGCAGGUAUUUCCCCAUGGGCCACCCAGUGUCCGUACAUUUCUACUUCCAGUCUGACCAGUUCCAGGGCUACCUUGUCAGGCACCACGCCACCAACCUAGCAACAAGCAAGCUAGAGACAAUGGAGACCUGGGUGGCACCUAAGAAGAUCUUCAAGUUAAACACUCCUCCAAAAAGCACAUUCAGCAGGUUGCAGUUUGCAGAGAUCGGUACAGAGUGGGAUGCCAAAGAACGAAUUUUCCGAAAUUUUGGCGGCCUGAUGGGUCCCAUGGAUGAGACGGUGGGAAUGCAGAAGUGGGCAAAAGGGCCUAACGUGACAGUAACAGUCGUGUGGAUCGACCCAACCAACGUCAUCGCGGCCACCUACGACAUUCUUAUAGACGCGACAGCUGAGUUCACCCACUACCGACCACCACUCAACCAGCCUCUGCGUCCUGGAGUUUGGAGUGUCCGCAUCCUGCACCACUGGAGCCCUGUGGCUGAGAUGCGCUUCCUUAUCGCCCCUUUGGCCUAUAAUAAGCAUCAACCUAUACGUCAAGAGGACACUCUGAAGCUGCACAAUGGGCCAUCCAAGAACAGCUACAUGGAGCAGAGUUUCCACGGCCUCAACCCAGUGCUCAACAUCCCCAUCAGCCUGGGCUAUGUGGAGCAGGCCAAGAGAAAUGCUGCCCUGACCGGCCCAGAGCUGGAGCAUUGGGUCGACAGCCUAGUGGGCGAGCUGUGGGAGGCAGCAGAUAUCUGCACCGUGGGCCAGACCGCCUGCCCCGUCAUGCAAGCCUGCCCCAAGAACCCUUGGAGCUCCCUCAGCCCCGACCCCAAAUCCCAACUGAGAUCGCUGCAUGCUGAUGGGCACAUCAGGUAGCACCGAGGCCUCCAGCUGGACAGGAGGCCGCAAGAUUCACUGUUGAUUUUUUUUUUUAUUAUUAUUUAUUUAUGGGCUUGUAUGCAGUUGCUGGAGGGGCUAUAUAUUCUCUUUCUGUCUCAGGAGACGAAGGGAACAUAAGAAGGUGAUCAAUGUUAGCGAGAUCCAGCCUGCUUUUAGGGGACUAUGCUGUCUUUGCUAUUUCAGUUUCGCAGUGUAUUUAUUUUGUCUUCUCAUGUGAGUUUUACUGUGAUCAGAUCUUGCAAUUUCAAGCAUUUAUUUUGCUGCUCAAUGAAUUAUGAAUUUUGAUUUUUAAGUAUGGGGCACAGCGGCUAAUGUGACAUUCUGCUCCACAAAAGGCCUUAGCUGCGCAGCACGUGUGCAGAAUGCCUGGUACCAGAUUAAUUUAUGUGCCUCCCAAGGUUUGUGUCAGCAUAAACAGCACCAUAUCUGAGGUAGCGAAAGGUUUAUUUUGACACAACUCCAAAAAGAACCAAUAUUCACUACCUUUAAGAGAGUUAGAAACAUUUUAUCUUUUGAAGAUGCCAAUUACUGUAAUAUAUAAUCAGUAGAGUAAGUACAUCACACAACUUGUUUCAGUUGAGUGCCUGAUUAGGGACUGGGGUGGCCGGCAAAAGCAUCCGCUGCAGUCAAAAAUGUGUAGAGAAAUGCAAACACAAAGGCAUUCUCAGCUCAAUCGAAACUGUCACAACAAAAAUUUGACUGAGACAAUUUGGGGUUCAGCAUUUGUUAUAAUAUGUGGUAGCAUUUUAGGAUUUUCCAUUCAUAAAUAGCACGUUUUCGGUAAUAGGACAAAUAAAUUGUUGUCUUGUCCAACUUGCUUUUCUUAUCAGCCUGCCUCAAACUUGAAACAAUAAUUCCAAGCUGACUUUAAAUGUUAUCGUCAUCUUUUUCUUUUCUUUUUUUCAGGUCAUUUCAGUGACACUUUAUGUAUGAAUUUUACAAAAGAAGUCUCAAAUUUGUGUGAAUGAAGGUCCAUUAGUCGCUAUUUAUUUUAAAUUGAUAUUAAUACUGAUACUUUUAGUCAAUGACUAAAUAUUUGCGACGCUGCCUUGGCAGCAUGAUAGUUUUUUUUUUUUUUUGUUAUUUUGUUUUUUAAAAACUGCCUUUAUUUACAAAGGCCAACAACCCGAACGUGUACUUUACCUUUAUACGGCCCACACCAAUGUGUCAGUAAGUGUUGUCGUGUCAGAAUAGAUCUUCUUUGUUUGCCAAGAGAAAUCAACUCUUAACCUGAGAGGUUAAAGGUCAGCUACAAAGUGACUUCACCAAAACAGAGAUGGUGACCUCAAAAAUUUGGAAGAAUCGUUGUUAGGAGAAGCUGUUCAGUGUCUACUGCUUCCUGUGAGUUUCAGAAUACUCGUGAGUGGUUGUGGUCUUCAUGCUGUGACAAUGAUGUACAGAUUUACGUGAAUAUUAUACUUCAUUGCAAAAAUGCAUAUUUAGCUCUGAAGCUUUCCAACUGUAUCGACAUUAAAAUUAUUUUAGCUGCCAUCAAGACAAUCGGUGACAAGUUCAUGACCAGGGGAAGUUCCACUUCAACACACUGAACUCCUGUUCUCAUUUUAAUAAUAACAAUCAACUACAGUCAAUUAGAUUUCAAUCUGUGUCUGUCAAGAAUAUUAGGCUACCAUUCAGGCUAGUGUUUUUUUCAAAGGUUCAUUUAGAGAUAUUACUCUUCAUUAAUGUCAAGUUCACCUUACCCCUCCCCUUAAAGCACACACACCCCUCCCUCGCACGCCAACACUAGAGGGGUUGAUUUCCAAAGGACAAUUUGUGGCUGUCCAUUGGUCGGCUCCUGUUGCUACUGUUUAACACAAGAGUACAAUACAGUGUUCACAACCAGGACUCAAUACAUUGCAUUGCCCACACGUAUGUAUGUAAAUUUGAUGGAAGUUUUGGUGAAAGGAGAAUUAUAAUAGGUGUAACUUACUGUAAGAUUCCUAUUUUGUAACACAAUUGAUCAACAAUGAAGCAAGUGUAUAGUGGUAUUUUGUACUGAACUAUUGUGUAAAAGAUGUAUGUGUAAAUACAUAUGUGGUUAAAUGGUAUUGAUCGUGGGCAAAGAGAGUGAUUUCUUUUGUUUUUUGAUCAAAGUACAUGGGGGCUAUUUGCCUCUCAGAGAAAAUCUCAUGCCGGAUUGUUGUUGUUCUUGCUUGAAUGUAUGUCGAGCAAAUGUUGCACAAUUUUCUCGAAACUCCACCCAUCAUUUUGUGUCCUUUAUGGUGUUCUUUCUGGGGAGGCUCUGUGUGCCUUAGCUGACUUAUCGAACCUUCUCUGC